AUGAGCCAACUUCUCACGCCGCGGCAGGCGGAGGAGCUACAUAAAGGAAUAAUUGCCUACCUCACCUCGGUGAAUUUGCAUAACAGCUCCGCUGCUUUACGAGAAGAACUUGGCGACUCAGUUACAGUUGAUGACACGACACUAAAGAAAUAUGAGGGACUCUUGGAGAAGAAAUGGACGAGUGUAGUCCGGUUACAGAAGAAGAUUAUGGAAUUGGAAUCGCGAUGCACUGCACUCCAAGCUGAGCUGGAUACCGCAACCCCAACUUCUCUCUUGCGGAAGAAUCAAGACCCAGUCUCCUGGCUACCUCGAGCACCGCCGCGCCAUGACCUCGAAUCGCACCGCGCCCCAGUAUCAUGCCUCGCUUUCCAUCCAAUAUUUUCUUCACUGGCCUCUGGCUCAGACGAUACCACGAUCAAGAUCUGGGACUGGGAGUUGGGUGAACUAGAACGGACAAUCAAAGGACAUACCCGGGCAGUACUUGAUGUCGAUUAUGGAGGACCGCGCGGAGGAACACUUCUUGCAUCAUGCUCGUCGGAUCUAACGAUCAAAUUAUGGGAUCCGGCCGACGACUAUAAGAACAUCCGAACACUACCAGGACACGACCACAGUGUUUCUGCGGUUCGGUUUAUUCCGUCCGGGGCUGCAGGAUCUCCCAUGUCAGGAAAUCUACUGGUCUCGGCUUCUCGCGAUCUCACAUUGCGCAUAUGGGACGUCACAACCGGGUAUUGUGUCAAGACAAUGCAGGGCCAUGGAGACUGGAUUCGAGACGUGGCACCAUCUCCAGACGGUCGAUUCCUCUUCUCCGGUGGGGAUGACCGUGUUCCGCGUCUGUGGGACAUCUCAUCUGGGGAAACCAAGUCGACAUUCCUAGGCCACGAGCACUAUAUCGAGUGUGUGGCCUUUGCCCCGCCAACCAGCUAUCAACACCUGGCACCGCUUGCAGGUCUCAAAAAACCACCGCCAGCAUCCUCCUCCGCUGAAUUCGUAGCUACAGGUUCCCGAGACAAGACCAUCCGUCUCUGGGAUACCCGCGGAAACUGCAUCAAGACCUUGGUCGGCCAUGACAACUGGGUCCGUUCGUUGGUCUUCCACCCCGGUGGGAAAUAUCUUCUAUCAGUAUCUGACGACAAGACGCUGCGGUGCUGGGAUCUCACGCAAGAAUGCAAGUGCGUGCGUACCAUUGUGGCCCACAACCACUUCAUCAGUUCCCUUCGAUGGGCGCCGCCAUUGAUCAAAGACGGAGGCAAGGAAAGUGCCGAGGCAGCGACUGGCAAAGAAGAAGUUAGUGCCGCCAAGGUGUCCAUUCGAUGCGUGUUGGCGACGGGCAGUGUCGAUCUCAAGGUCCGCAUCUUUGCAUCAUGA